AUGGACAGACCUGCACAGUCCCAAACGAAACGCAAAAACGCUACCUUCUUCAAGGUUCUGAUUCAAGAUUUCUCUACCUUCUUGCAAAUCCCACCGGCAUUUAACAAAGUGAUUGGCAAAGAUGUGCCAAAGAAAGCAAUGCUUGAGACUUAUUAUGGUAAAUCUGAAGAAGUCGAAGUGGAAAAGCGUGAGAAUCGAGUUUUUUUCUGUAAGGGAUGGAGUAAAUUUGUGGAGGACAAUAAAUUGGAGAAUGGAGAUUUCUUAGUGUUCAAAUAUAUGUCUGAUUAUUCAAAGUUCAAGGUCAAAAUCUACGGCAAAACUUGCUGCGAGAAGGAAUGUUACAAUGAUGUUGCUGGAGAUCAGACAAAUAAUAAUAAAAGAAAGAGAGAUGAGGAAGAAGAAGAUAAUGUGAACGAAGAUGAUGGAGAAACAUCGAAAGCUGCAAAAAGAAUUGAGACAGACUCUGAUGUUGAAGACGAAGCUUCUGAUGAAGAUGAACCCAUUGAUAUUGAAUCUGAUUCUUCUCGUCCUGUCGUCGUAGAAGGAGAUAAUGAUGAAAGAGAAGUUGCAGGUAAAUCCAAGCAGUCAACGAGUGAAGAGAGGAGGAAUGAAGAGGGCGAAGCAUUGGCUAAUGAUAAUCAAAUAGAAUUUAAAUCUGAGAAUCCUUUCUUCCAAGUCAAACUCAAAUCUUCAAGUAUCAGCAGCUAUCUGAAUAUACCAUUGAGCUUUUCGAGAGAAUACAUAAGGAAGGAGAGCCAAAGGCAAGAGAUAAAGCUAGAGAUGUCAAAGUGCAACAAAAUGUGGGAUGUGGGUCUGAUGGUGUUGUGGGGCCCAGGCAACAAGAAGGUUAUUGCAGGAGCAAGACUGAGUCAGGGAUGGAAGGGCUUCGUCUCAGAAUAUCAGCUGCAAAUGGGAGAUCUCUGCAUCUUUGAAAUGAUCCACCAUACUCAUCACCUUCUCUUCCGUCUUCAUGUUCAUCGAUGGGAUCAACAGAACCACAAGUUUAUUCACAUAUUUUAG